AUGUUGAGUAAAAAUAAUGUGCUUGUAAUUCUUGUGUUAUCUGUGGUCUAUCCGCUCGUCUCAAGAUAUAUAAACAAACCAAGUCUUGGUGAGUUAUUGGUAACAGAUGAUAUCAAGAAUGAGUAUGAUUACGUCAUUGUUGGUGGGGGGUCUGCUGGUUCUGUCAUAGCUGCAAGAUUAGCAGAAGACGCAAAUAAUAAAGUGCUUUUGUUAGAGGCCGGGAAUCAUUUCGAUAAAGACCAGAACAUACAUGUACCUGCAAAGGCUUUUAGCUUUUUACCAACGGACUUCGCAUGGCAAUUUAAAAGUGAAACGGAAGAUGGAAGUUUUCAAGGACUUAAAGAUAAAAAGACCAUACUGAACAAAGGCAAAGUUUUGGGCGGCUCAAGUUCAAUAAAUGGUUGUAUGUAUGCAAGAGGCAGUUCAUUUGAUUUCGACAAAUGGGUAACAAAGUAUGGAUGUGAAGGUUGGGGAUAUGCCGAUCUCUUGCCUUAUUUUAAAAAGGCAGAAGAUGUAAAAAUAUCAGAUUUAAAGACAUCUUACUACCAUGGAAGUGGUGGACCUAUUGCAGUUUCUGAUUCCUAUCAAACUCGCGUCUGGAGGUAUUUCCUGAACGCUGGAAAAGAAAUGGGCUACUACGAGAUAGAUUACAAUGGCGCAUCACAGACAGGAUUUAGCAGGAUACAAGUUACGGUUCGUAAUGGAGUACGCAGUAGUACAGGGCUCGAAUAUUUGGGUAAACAAGAGUACGGGGUACCCGUGCCGUUUACAAAGUACAGAUCCUUUUUUGACAGCCCUAUAUUUAGAUACCCAAAUAAUACUCCCAAUGAUAGGACGGGAAUGUUUAGAUGA